AUGCCGAAAUUUCCUAAUGAUAGCAAUAAAACUAAGAAUCAACAGGAAGAGAAAUGUCGCUGCAAGAGGAGAGUGCACUACCCAUUAGGAAAGACUAACACCUCGUUCGAUCUAUGCGUGGACACAUCUCCCCUAAAACUUAGUACUAAUAUGCCUAUCAUUCAGAUCAUUCAGAUCUUCUUUGAUUACUUUGGAGUGGUCGGAGCCUUGGAAAGAAUUUUAGUAUAUGCAGUUGCAGCCUGGUGGAAGGGCACUAAUAGUCAAUGGCAAAAGAUCGAUAGUGUGCAACACAAAGCACUGUUAGCAAUAACGGGGGCUUUUCGUACAAUAUCUACAACAGCUCUACAAAUAAUUAGUGGACUUGAACCAGUUGAUCUGAUAUGUGAUAUUGAAACCGCUUGCCUUGGUGUUUUAAAGGCUCUUCAAACAUUCAACCCCAAAAAUAAUUCAGUAGAAGAUGUUAAAAAUCUGGCAGAUUGUAAUAUUUCAUUUUACUUGGUUAAAGCCCACAUUGGCAUCAAAGGUAAUGAACUAGCCCAUCUAGCUGCCAAAGCUGCUUCACUUAAACCUGCAAUUGACUAUCACCUGGGAGAAUCUGAAAGAACAAUAAAAACUCGUCUUCGUAAAAUUCUCAUCGAUGAAUGGCAAUUAAGAUGGGAAAAUAAUGAAAAAGGCCGCUUUACUUUCCGUAUCUUUUCUCAGAUUAUCCUUGAAAUGACAACCACAGAUGCCGAAGCCGAAAUUAAAUGGUUUUCGGACGAAACAUGUCCUUAUAUGGAGGCUCCCUUAGAGAUGCUGAGAAAAAUCGAGCCCCUACAAUUUUAUCUUGGAGAGCCAACGCUGCACUCGAUCACGAAGGAAUAUUUUCAAGGAGGAUCAGAAAACGAGGUGGAAAAAGACAGAUUCACGUAUCUAUUGGUCAACUUUACCUUCGUCCGGCGGAUUGUGAGCAGCAUCAUUAAUAUUUAUGUCCCAUCUGCUUUGAUUGUAGCCAUGAGUUGGGCUACAUUUUGGAUGCGUUUGGAUUCGAUACCUGCCAGAGUGGCUCUGAGUGUCACGUCCCUCUUGACGCUCUGUACUCAGGUACAACAAUACAAAAGAAAUCUCCCGCCAGUUAGUUAUGUGACAGCAAUGGAUAUCUGGCUCUUCGUUUGUAUCUUCAUGGUUUUCUCUACAUUAGUGGAAUUUGCAGUGUGUUUUAAUAUUUUUGCGCAAUCCCAAGAUCAGCUAAAGAAGAAUUCGUUACAACUUGCCGAUCCAGAUUUAAAGCUGAAGAAAGCUGCCUGGCCUGAAAUUUCAGACCAGACGACUUCUUUGACGGAUGAGAAAGUCAAACAAAAGAAGACGGAUAACAAAGAAUUUUGCGAUCCUAUUCUGAUCGAUUCGUAUUGCAAAUUUAUUUUUCCAGGAUUAUUUAUUUUAUUUGCUAUAAUAUAUUGGUCAUAUAAUCUGACUGCGUAUAUAAACAAUAUUGCUGUCUUACUGCACGAAAAUGGUGAGCUUGAAGAAAUUUAGUUCAAGUUAGCAUGCAUAGUGGGGAUGACAAAGGUGACAAACAACGAACAUUUUUGAACACUAAAAGUAUUAAAAUAAAAAGAAAAUGAAUAUCCAUUUGCUAUAAAUAAUAAAUCAUUGCUCCUUAAAAUUGUUAGAAAUUUUAUGUAUGACGCAUACAUGUUUUCAAGACAUUGUAUAGAAGAAUCUGUUUAUUGCGUCAUUCAAAGAACCCCCAUAAGUUCGUGAAAAAUGUACUAUCGAAUCUU